AUGGCAGGCCGUAGCAUCAGGCAGUGCCUGCAUGAUAUCACCGGCUAUUUGGUUAUACUCAUUGUCAUUGCUACUCUUGGGUCGCUACAGUUUGGUUUCCAUCUGGCUGAGCUCAACGCACCUCAAGAUGUCAUUACCUGUCAUAAGAAAUCCAUCUCUACGGCUGCCCGUGUAGCAGGCUGGAUCAAAGAGGCCACUGGCAAAGCUGACAAGACCAAGCCAUCGACUGGCUUCCUGCCGGACUGUAUACCCAUGACCGAGGCCGCCUUUGCUACCAUUUCUUCCAUGUUCACCGUUGGAGGACUUGCUGGAGCCCUUGCUGCCGGCCCAUUUGCUUCCAGGCGUGGCCGCCUACCGGCGAUGAGACUCACUGCCGUAUCAUAUAUCAUUGGUGCUUUGAUCGAAGCUUUAGCCGGCAGUGUCGUCGCCAUGUCCAUCGGCCGUCUUGUUUCAGGACUUGGAGCUGGCGCCUCGACAGUCAUCGUUCCGCUCUACAUUAGUGAGAUCUCCCCACCCAACGAGCGCGGCUUGUUUGGUGCAAUGACCCAGGUUUCAAUCAACAUUGGUAUCAUCGCGACACAGACCUUGGGGUACUUUUUGAGCUAUGGUAACGCCUGGAGAUGGGUCCUGGGCGUUGGCGUCUGUAUAGCCACGACACAAUUUCUUGGGCUGUUCGUCGUUCCCGAGAGUCCUGCUUGGCUCGCCGCGCAUGGUGACCCUACCAAGGCCAAGAGGACACUGCAGCGUAUUCGAGGCAAUGGAUUUGACAUUCAUGAGGAAACGUCAAAUUGGGGCAGUGGUAAUGCUACAUCUGACCGAGAAGCAGAAGAGGAGGGUCUUUUAGCUCAGGCUGAUGGGGCUACGCCGUUGUCCCCAACCGUGUCUGGUUCGGGGUCGACUCGACACAUGGGCUUUGUCGAAGUUGUCAAGGACGUCAAUACCAGACCUGCCAUUAUUGCCGUCGUCGGAAUCAUGGUGACACAGCAGUUUUGCGGCAUUAACUCCAUCAUCAUGUAUUCUGUCUCGCUUCUUGCCGAUUUAUUGCCGGUUUCAUCCGCUAAGCUCACCAUCCUCAUCUCUGCCGUCAAUCUCGCCAUGACCAUUGCUUGCUCUCCCUUACCAGACAGCCUGGGCCGCAAGACAUGCCUCCUCAUCUCAAUCAUCGGUCAAGGCUCGAGCUCUCUGGCCCUGGCAUUUUCGAUUGUGUUUGGGGCCAAGGUCCUAUCGGCCAUAUCUGUGCUUUUUUUUGUGGCCUUCUUUGCCGUUGGCCUCGGUCCAGUACCCUUCAUCAUGGCCUCUGAACUUGUGGGACAGGAGGCCGUCGGGGCCACCCAGAGUUGGUGCUUGGCUGCCAAUUAUGUUGCAACUUUUAUCGUUGCACAGUUCUUCCCCAUUAUCAACACGGCAUUAAACAAGGCCCUUGGUGGAGCUGGAUGGGUGUACUUCCUCUUUGCUGGACUGGCCGCCCUUGGUGCUAUUUUCGUCGGCAGUAGGGUGCCCGAGACAAAGGGGAAGAAGGAUGCUGAUGAAGUUUGGGGACGAACUCGUCGCUUGGACUAA